CUAAACCAGCACCCCUCCCAGGGCCUGGGGCCGCGGGGCUACGAUCCGAAUCGAUACCGGCUACAUUUUGAACGGGAGGUGGAGCGGAGGAAGAGGGCAGCCCGGGAGCAGGUGCUCCGGCCGGUCAGCGCCGAGGUGCUGGAGCUGGACAUCCAGGAGGUCUACCAGCCCGGCUCCGUCUUGGACUUUCCCCGGCGUCCUCCGUGGAGCUAUGAGAUGUCCAAGGAGCAGCUAAUGAGCCAGGAGGAGCGCAGCUUCCAGGAGUACCUCGGGAAGAUCCACGGGGCGUACACCUCGGAGAAACUCAGUUACUUUGAGCACAACCUGGAGACGUGGAGGCAGCUGUGGCGCGUGUUAGAGAUGUCUGACAUUGUCCUGCUUAUCACCGAUAUCCGCCAUCCGGUUGUGAAUUUCCCACCAGCACUUUAUGAGUACGUGACUGGAGAGCUCGGGCUGGCUCUGGUGCUGGUCCUGAACAAGGUGGACCUGGCCCCGCCGGCCCUCGUGGUUGCCUGGAAGCAUUAUUUCCACCAGCACUAUCCCCAGCUCCACAUCGUCCUCUUCACCUCAUUCCCUCGGGACCCUCGCACCCCGCAGGACCACGGCAGUGUGUUGAAGAAGAGCCGGAGAAGGGGGAGAGGAUGGACUCGGGCCCUGGGGCCGGAGCAGCUGCUGAGAGCCUGUGAAGCCAUCACAGUCGGGAAAGUGGACUUGAGCAGCUGGCGGGAGAAGAUUGCUCGGGAUGUGGCCGGGGCCACCUGGGGUAACGGCUCUGGGGAAGAGGAGGAAGAGGAGGAUGGGCCGGCGGUCCUGGUGGAGCAGCAGACCGAUUCAGCGAUGGAGCCAAGCGGCCCAUCCCAGGAGCGCUACAAGGACGGGGUGGUGACCAUCGGCUGUGUGGGGUUUCCCAACGUGGGCAAGUCCUCCCUGAUCAACGGCCUGGUGGGGCGGAAGGUCGUGAGCGUCUCCAGGACCCCGGGCCACACCAGAUACUUCCAGACCUACUUUCUCACCCCCUCCGUGAAGCUGUGUGACUGCCCGGGCCUCAUCUUCCCCUCUCUGCUGCCCAGGCAGCUGCAGGUUCUGGCGGGGAUCUACCCCAUCGCCCAGAUCCAGGAACCCUACACUGCCGUGGGCUACCUGGCCUCCCGAGUCCCUGUGCAGGCCCUGCUCCACCUGCGCCACCCAGAGGCCGAGGACCCCUCGGCAGAACACCCCUGGUGUGCCUGGGACAUCUGCGAAGCCUGGGCGGAGAAACGUGGCUACAAGACAGCCAAGGCAGCGCGGAACGACGUGUACAGAGCGGCCAACAGCCUGCUGCGCCUGGCCGUGGACGGCCGCCUCAGCCUGUGCUUCCAUCCCCCGGGCUACAGUGAGCAGAAAGGCACUUGGGAGUCCCAUCCAGAGACUGCGGAGCUGGUGGUUUUGCAGGGCAGGGUGGGGCCUGCAGGUGACGAGGAGGAGGAGGAAGAGGAAGAGCUGAGCAGCUCCUGUGAGGAGGAGGGAGAGGAGGACCGGGAUGCCGAUGAGGAGGGAGAAGGGGAUGAGGACACCCCAACCUCGGCACCAGGGUCCAGCCUGGCCGCCCGAAACCCUUACGCCCUGCUGGGCGAGGACGAGUGCUGAGCCUGCCGGGCGCCAUCUUCCCCACCCAGUAUCUUUGCUUUUGGACUGACCCGAGGGUGUGUCCCCUCGCCGCCCACGUGUGAAUAAAGAUUGUCUGCUUUGUAGCCCCUUCC